AUGGACGACCGCGGCUUCGUUCUGGACGGUCAUGCCACUGCGCGAGACGUGUACAGUACCCUCCGCGACGAUGAAAUUCGCACCUUGUUGCUUGCCCCUGGCAAGAAUACUCCAAUGGUCUGCGAAUUGCAGGUGAUACCAUCUCCGACAAGCGCCCAGUUCGAAGCACUUUCAUAUGUCUGGGGCGACACCACAAAAUCCAAUUCCAUUUCGUGCAAUGGCUUCGAGUUCACUAUCACCGAGUCGUUGUAUACUGCUCUCACUCACUUGCGAUACCCGGAUUCGUGGAGACGGAUCUGGGUGGACCAGCUGUGUAUCAACCAGCUCGAAAAUCAAGAGUUGAUGAAGCAAGUUGCAAUGAUGGGAAAACUCUACUCUUCAGCGUGCCGCGUGAUCAUCUGGCUGGGAGACUUCAUUGAGUUCAAGUCUCGUCCGCUCCGACUUCCUUCACUCCUCUUCAAGGCCGCCGACGCCUCGAAGAAAGUCACUGCCGCCACGAACCACGCCACGAUCACUUCAACCUCUAGCCUCGACAGCCAGUCUUACCCAACCACGCGACCGAAGAAUAGGCGAAACAAUACACCCCCUGCGCUGAAACAUGCACUGUCAAUCUUCCAGCACGUUUACUUCUCGAGGAAAUGGACAUUUCAGGAGAUUGUUCUGGCUAAAGCGGCAAUCAUCUGCUGCGGCGACCUCGAAAUGGCAUGGAGCGAUCUUUCUCUAUGGUACUUCCACUAUGCGUCCAAGCUUCGCAGCUCCAGCCUGCUGUACGACUCCGAUGGCGCCUUUGAGAACAUUCUAAAAGUACGAAAUGAACUCGACAAGGGCACGCUGACGUUGAGCAACCUGCUCAUGCUAACCAGACCGAGGCUGAGCACGAAGCCCGAGGAUGCGGUCUAUGCUUUGCUCGGCUUGGUGCCUGAUUUGGUGGCGUCUUUGGAUCGCUCCUUCGAGGCGAUCGUAUCCUCGGCAGAAGAAGAUCUUUUCAGACUAUACUUGGAAGUCUUCCGACAUUGCAUCGAUAAAGAGCAGGAUCUGGCGAUCUUGAGUGCUGCUGGGAGAUACAGGGGCAAUGCUCAAGCAGUAAAUUGGCCUGGUUGGCUUCCAGAUUGGCGGCAGAAACUACCACUGCGACCAUUGGUUCUCAGCAAUCCCACGGAGCUUGGUCCAGAAUCUGCUUUCGAUGAGGAACUCCCUUCCAGCUCCUCGAUUCCAUUGGAACGGGUCAAGCCACUACUCUACAAGUUGCACUUCGACCCCGCAAAUCUGCCUCUGUCGUCACGCCGAUUGUCGAUGGUCGUUACCGGGGUCCGCCUAGGCUGCAUAGUUACGCGUCCACUCGCGUGGCCUGGAUCAUUCCUGGUCGCUGACUCAUUGGGCCGGUCCGCCUUGGAUGAUGUCUUCGCCAUGGGUCAAGACAAAUAUUCACAGCCACUGGCUUCCCUGGCCUCCUCAUUCACGACACUGCUACAUCAGUCUCCGACAGUGAAGGGAUCGACGGUGGAGCAGAACUAUUCUGCGAAGCUGAUUCAAACUUCACUCGAAGCUGAUGCCCGAUGUUGCGCCGUCCGAACUUCUGCCAUGGUCGAGACCGGAGAUUUGCUCUGUGCAUUCACAGGUGGGAAGGUGCUGUAUGCAAUACGGCGUCUCACUGAAGGGCGCAACCCAGAUGGCAACGAUAUUGUCAGACGUGGUCUCAGGGGGAAGGGCAAGCCUCAAAACUCUUGGCGCCAGACCGUCCGGUCUUCGCCUGCGAACGCAACUCAACAGGCUCUCAGAUGCCUCUUCCUCGGCGAAUGCGCCGUGCACGGGCUGAAUCCAGCGGAGUUGGUGGGACAUCAGAUAGAUGAUGAGCAGAUGAUGGAGUUCGAAUUGACAUAG